UUUUUAGAAGCAAUUGGUUCCAUUCUGCGCUUUGGAAUUCAAUUUUGCUCUUCAUAACCAAUUUGCAUCCAUACAUCUAUCCCCCCUCCUAUCAUGCCUGUUUCUGUAGCUGCUCGCCGGCGGCUCAUUCGCCUCACACAGGCUCUCGUCGGCGGUCCCGUUGUCGUAUUCGGGGGACUCGCCCUGUGGACUCGAAAAUGUGCAUUCGAGCCCUUUGGACCAGAUAGCGACCCGCUGUUCAAGCACCCGAUAUUGAAACAGCUCAAUCCCCGGAGUCUGCCCAGUUCUCACGACUCGUGCGUCAGAAAAGUCCCCUUUGGAGAGCUGAGACCCGUGCUGUUGGAAGAUGCAAAACGAGGUGGGAGUGCAUUGGUGGAGGAGUUUUCCCGAGGCAUGUGGGGAGGAUAUGGAUAUAGGAUACAAAGGAGGAUAAUGGAGUUUACAAAGGGCCCUGAGAAUGCUACCGAUGUCUGGACUCCUGAGGCGCUGGGACGGGACACAUUUGAGCCUGGAACUGUCCUCACGAAUCAUUUUCUCGUCCUCGAAAAGUCUCCGACGGAAUUGCUCUUCCGGGGCUGUCUGUCUCCGAAAGAAACCCCAUUUCGACCCCGCGAUCUGGAUAAUUUCUUUGCUCUCACUGCAGAAUUGAACGAGCAGCGGCAAGAGGCCGAGUUUAGACUCAAGGCGAUAUCGUUUGAUGCCGUGACAACGACGCCGAAGGAGGAUCCGCUUGGGGGCGUGCCGGGAAUGCUGCACAAGGUGUAUGCAAAGCUUUUGGUGGAAGCGGCGGUGGGAUGGUGCGUGAGGUAGAUGAAAUCAUGCAAUUCCUGGUCGUUGCAAGGGGGAUCGAUUUGGAUGAUGUAUGGUGUGGAGGCGGCUGUCAUGUUGGGACACUGGCUAUUUGUCAGUCAUGUUGACUAUGUAAUAUACUCUCUCCAAAAAUAAAAUAUAAUUCACAUAAG